AUGAGUCAAAUUUUUGGCGUUUUAUUGCGUUAUGAAAAUUCUUUUACGCACAUUUGCAUUUUUAAUUUUUUGUGUGCGCCAAAAAAUUUUUAUAGCGUAGAUAAAACGCAAAAAUUAAUUUUGGCGUUUUGGCGCGUUAUAAAAAAAUUUUGGCGCACAUUAUUCUUCGCCCAGUGCCUCAAGCUGUUGGUACUAUUUUUUGUAGCUAUAGCACAAAUUUUGUAUCUGCAUCCAUUUCUCGAAUUAUUUUCUCACUUGGAAGAGUAUUCUGCAAAAUUUGAAUUUUUACAAUCUUUUCAAUCUAAACAAACAAAAAUUUUAAUUUUUGAUUCUUUGCACGAUUUAAAUGAGUAUAAAAAGAAUAUUUGGAUGACUGUAGCUGUUUUGUGUGCCUCUCUUUCGACGUGCUCCUUUUUUCUGUUCAUUCUUCCGUCAAAUUGUGCAAUCAGACAGUGGCAUAUUUAUUUGGUAGGUGUUCUCGAUGCUUUCUCUUUUGCUUGUUUACCCUUUUUAUUCUCUACCCGUGCUUGUAUUAUUCAAAGAGUAAAAAUGAAUUUUGGACAAGCUUUGGUAGAAGCACACAGAAUUGGUUCUGCUGAGAAAUUGAUGAAUAAAGCUCAAUGCAGCAUUUUACCACGAGAAAAGUUACCGCUCUGUUCUGAUUUAAUUUUGCGUUCAAUAUUUCCUAUAGAUUUGCUCAAAUUUUUAUUAAUUUUGUGUGCAAUGACACUUGCCUAUUUGUUUGUUGCUUAUUUAAUUUACUGGUGUAUAAGGCAUUGGGUGCCUCAUUCUGAUAUAACACAGAGUUCUUCUCCCCUUUGUCAAUGUUAUUUCCACACAAGUCUAACAACAACAACAUUACCCCUUUUACUAGGUAAUUAUAAAUGUAAUUUAGAACAACAAAAUCCUCCUUCAACAAAUAUUUAUACUUCAUUUCAAUCCCAACCUUUAUUAAAUAAAAAUAAAAAAUUAAUUGAGGAACAAAUUCCAAAUGAGCCAAUCCCUUCAAAUUUGCAAUAAUUUUCUGGUAAUUUUUCUCUCUAAAUUUUGAUUUUUUUGUGUCUUUCUUUUUAAAAAAACUCGCCGUUCUAUUCACAUAAAAAAUUUUUUUUUGUUUGUUAAUUAUACCAAA